GAAAACACUUGAUGUUAUCGUGAUAAAAUUUUCAAUGAAAAUCAUCGAUUACAUUCUUUCAAAUGCCGAAUUGGAAUUCAUACACUGUGUGAAGCACGUUUCGACAUCCAAACUAUCGUCUUCAGACAUUGAAAGUUUCAGUUCAGUCUGUCAGAAGGUACUUACAAUAUAAGAAAUGUGGCAACAUUGGUUAUAAAAACGUUUAAAAGCAGCAGACGUAGAGGACGUUGAACUCUAAGAUGGGAAACAUACAUGCGAUGAUAUAUGAAUAAAUAAAAGAAGAAGAAAAUUGGUUUAAAAAGAUUCGACGUAAUUAUUUAGUUUCCGAUUGAUAUACGGUGUGUAAUACGUAAAUCUACGAUCUUUUAUUAUUAACGUACCCAGGUAAAUAUUUUAACGAAAUCACUUUUUUAAAAUAUCGUCUUCGAGGUAGUGACACUCUUUAACGGCAGACUUUACCGAUUAUGGAAAAAUUUCUAAUAAAAAAUACCUUUUAUACAGUAAUAUUUUCUUAAAAAAAGCCAUUAAUUUUGUUUGGCGACAGAAGCAAACAUGCAAGUUCACCUUGGAAAUGGAAACGAUGUUGGCAAUGAAAAUAUAUUUCUUUUCACCCUUUACGAUCAAGAAAAACAUCCACCGAACUUGUUGCUAUUUCUACUUUGAUUUUAAUGCCAAUUUUUGACGUAUAAAAACGACCUUGUCGAAAAUGAUGAAUUAGAUUGUGAUAUUUAUAUUAAGAAAAAAAAAGCAAUUUAUGCAUAGUAUAAGCAAAUAAACAUCGAGAACGUCUACGUAUCCAAGUUUGUCGAUUAUCCCACUCUACUGCAGUCGAAUAUUGGCCUAUGAAGGACCAGGAAAACAGAAAAGCCCAAAACGGUGCUAUAAGUCGUGCGACUGACACAUAGAUGACGCUGUCAUUGUCAAAUCCAUAUGAAGUACCAACUAUGUGUUAAAUUUCACGAUAUUUCGAUUAGACAGGAAAAAACGACGGUCAUUUAAGUGAAAAUAUUUCGAAAACAAUGGAUUCGGAACGUGUGUUAAUUUAUCAUUGGUUCUCGAUGAAAAAAAAAAAAAUACUGUAUAAGCUCAGCAAAGGUUUUAAAAUAAAUUUUAUAAAUAUACACGCUUCGUAAAUUCUAAUUUUUUGAAGUUACCCUCGUAUAGUAUUAAAAACCUCCCCUAAUCAUUGUCAUUGUAAUGAAAAUGGUCAAGUGGAUGAAUCAAUAACUAUACAGAACGUGUAGUAACGGACAUUAUUUAACCUCUAAAUUAUCCUGUGCUCCUGUUCGAUUUUUCCAACAUCGUCCUGAGAGAACGCAGUGGAAAACUCCUUUUUCUGGAUCGUCCCUUAUCGAAUGACUCCGAGGUAUAUCCUGGAGAAGGACUAGGGGUUUUUCCAAAGGGAAACUUGUACUUCCAUAAACCCAGCCAUCGGCGGUAUCCAUAAAGGGAGUAUUUUAAUCAGAAGAACAUGAUGGGUGAGAAGGUGAAAACAACCCUUUGAAGCGAGGGAAAAUCAUCCCAAAGGAUUUAUACAGAUAUUUAUAAUAUAUUAGGGAAUUAAAAUUACAUUCAUUUCAAAUACACACCCUUAUAUUAGAAAAUUUCGAAACAUCUUAAAAGACCUGUGAUUAAUCACUUUAAACAGUUUUUCAGAAUUAUAAAUUGUUUUCUUGUACGUCAAUUGUUCCCCGUAUAAUCCUCAGCGUCGAUAUCAACAGGUGAAUAAUAUAAAUAGAAACCAGGUGGGUAGGUGACGUCAUCACGCGGCGCGCGUUAGACGGCGCUCAAUUGACGACGCUUCGUACCAGGCAAACAUGAAUAUUGAAUAGUGCGAGGGUUGAUACCGCCUCCCCCGACCCCUCGACGAUAUCGUAUCGCAUUUAGUCGCGUGGCAAAAAUAGCACUCGACUCCCCCUGCUUCCCGCAACGUUCUCAUUCAAUUUGUAUACACAAGUUCUUACAUCUCAUUCCGUCGGGAAAGAUUUUUUAUCAAUUUUGAUACACCCUGUAUAAUUUAUUAUACGUUUAACUAACAAAAAUAUCGAAUGUUAUUGUUGCAUGAUACUAAUUACGAGCUACCCUGUAUACGAACAUAGUAUUAGUAGUUGUUUUGUAUCACAUAUGGCACGUACUUCAAAGUGCGAUACCGAUUUUCCAUUGUAUAUAUAUAUAUAGAUAUAGUUUUCGAUGCGGGAAGCCCUAAGUUUUGUUUGUUUUCGAACGGGAUACAAUAUGUUUCAUGAAAUAAGUGGCACGUGCCUUUUUUUUUUUAUUCGAAUGUAAAUUUAGUGGGGAUGUAACCGACUAUAUUUACACUUUUCUGUUAACCUGAUACACAGCGUCGAAUUUUCAGCUGGAUAAAGCGAGGGUAUGACUGGAAUACAAAUUGGAUGCAAAAUGAUUUCUUCGCAUUGAAAAUUAUUUUUUACGUAUAUAAUAUAAAUAACAAACUCUUGUAAUGAAAUUAGUUCACUGUUAUUAAUUUUUUUUGUUAUAAACAUUGAGGUUAUGUUUACAUCGUGUUCGGGAUUAAAUAAAUUCAUUAUAAUUAAAUUCACUUUCAAUUUUCACAAGUUAUUAACAAUAAUUGUGGAAAAUCUACGAAUUAUAUCUUAUUUUCUUUUUUAAAUAUUUUACCAAAACCCAAUAAAUGCGUGCGAUUUCCUUUUAAAAGUCAAUCGUCUAAGACGUGGUAAUCCGUAAAAGUUCACGGUCAUUUAUACGAACUACUUCAUUAUAAUACCAUCGACUUAAAGUUGAACAUUUAUAGUAUUUAUUCAAGUACAGUUGUACUACAGUGAAUAUUUUAUUGGGUGACUAUAAUUUAUCAUAGUUCCGAGUACGUUCAGAACCAUUACGAAACUUUACUUAUUUUGUUCUCGAUUGUUGCACAAGGAAUGAGAGUGUGUAUAAGAUAAGGUAUUAUGUCUUAUGGUAAAGUUUUUAAUAUAAGAAAGUUAUUUAUUAUUAUUAUAAAGAUACAGCAUGCUUGCUGGAACUUUAAGAAGAGUUAAAAAACUGUGUCCCUCUAUACUAUUUGUAACAGUAACUGUUAUUUUAUUAUUAAAGAUAUAUUUUUAUAAAAAAGAAAAUGAAAUGCAUCCGAAACACGUUAUAAAAAAAAAAGAUCAGGAAGAGUACGUAGACAAACAUGGUAUUAGAGUUGUGGUGGGUCAUUAUCGAGGGGAUACGUCACGCGUCGUACCUGCCGCUUCAAAUGAAACUAUCAAUCAAAAUAAUUUCAAUCCUUCCCCUAAUGCGGGGAAAAAUGGACAACCCCUGGUUAUCAAUAACAAAGAUUACGUAAAAACACAACAAUUGUACGAAAUAAAUCAAUUCAAUUUAUUAGUUAGUGAUCAAAUACCGUUAAAUAGAACGUUGCCAGAUUUCAGGAGAAAAAGAUGUAAUAAACUUUUUAACGAUUACAAAUCAUAUCCUAAAACUAGUAUUAUAAUAGUGUUUCACAACGAAGCGUGGUCAACUUUAUUGAGAACAGUUUGGAGCGUCAUCAAUAGAUCCCCAAAAGAAUUAAUCGAAGAAAUAAUAUUAGUAGAUGACGCCAGCGAACGAGCGUUUUUACGAAAGGCUCUAGAAGAUUAUAUCGAAACGUUGCCGAUAAGAGUAAUAAUAUUGAGAAGUGUCGAAAGGAUAGGCCUUAUAAAAGCUAGGUUAAAAGGAGCUAGAGCCGCAAAAGGGGAGGUACUAACUUUCCUAGACGCCCAUUGCGAAUGUACGGUCGGUUGGUUACAGCCUCUUCUACACGUCAUAAGUAAAGACAAAACGACCGUGAUCUGUCCCACCAUAGAUAUUAUUAAUCAUGAUACUUUCGCGUACGUUAAAAGUUUCGAAUUACAUUGGGGUGCGUUCAACUGGAAUCUUCAAUUUAGAUGGUAUACUUUAGGGGGUGAGCAGAUGAAGCGAAGGCAGUACGACAUUACUCAGCCGUUUAAUUCCCCGGCAAUGGCCGGCGGUUUAUUCGCUAUGGAUAGAAACGCGUUUUUCGAAUUUGGCGCCUACGAUGAGGAUAUGAAUAUAUGGGGCGGGGAGAAUUUGGAAAUGUCGUUACGGAUAUGGCAGUGCGGAGGGAAAAUUCAAAUAUCUCCGUGUUCGAGAGUCGGACAUGUUUUCCGAAAAUCUUCUCCGUAUUCUUUUCCUGGGGGAUUGGAAAAGACUCUGUAUACGAAUUUGGCCAGAGUGGCGGUAGUGUGGUUGGACGAAUGGGCGGAUUUUUUUUUUAAAUUCAACGAACAGUCAAGGAAAGUCAAGGAGCAUCAGAACGUUAGUUCAAGGGUCGAUUUGAAAAAGAGAUUGAAGUGUAAAAAUUUUUCCUGGUAUUUGGAUAACGUUUGGCCGCAACAUUUUUUCCCGAAAGACGAUCGAUUUUUCGGAAAAAUAAAAAAUAUCGGCAAAAAUAUGUGCCUUUUGAAACCCGAUCAAAAAAAUUUCAUGAAUCAACCGAUGGGAAAAGCCACCCUCGACGUAUGUUUAGAUGAGAUCGAAAUAGAAAUGUUUAUCAUGACAAAAGAGGGUUACAUAAUGACGGACGAUUCCAUUUGUUUGGACGCACCAGAAAAACCAAAAAGCGGUUCGAUGAAAGUUCGAAUUGUCGCCUGUCACUUUAUCAGUAGACAGAAGUGGGAAUACGAUAAAAAGACAAAAGAAAUACGACAUGUAACCAAUCAAAAAUGUCUGGAUGUGAAAACUUCCAUGAGAUCUGUUCAAGAAGUUGUUAUAAACGAUUGUGAUAAAAGGAAAACUCAACAAUGGAUUUUAGAAGAUGUGUCUUGGAAAUAAAUGCUUUCUUAAUAUUUAAUAAUGUUGUUAUCUAUAUUUUUUUUUAAUAAAAUGAUGAUAUUUU